GUUGCGACAUGAAAAGAACAAAGUAGCCAAGACAGAUGCAGCAGUGCCUCAUGUGUGGCAGAUGCUGGAUUGCCAUGCACUGGAUGACAUUCCACAAACAAAACCACCACAGCAGAAAAUCAACAAAACUGUCUCCUUGGUUACCUCAUAG